AUGUCCGAUCAUCACCGAUCAUCGCCGGCCAGCAUGAUCACUCCUCAUUGUACAAAUCUCUAUCUAUCUCAUCACUAUUUCACCAAUCCCUAUUCCGCUUCGGCCUCUGUUCUCCUCAUGGCAUCUACUCUUCCAGCUCAUCACCGCACCCUUCUGCUCGAAGAUCGUAAGGACGGUUUCCACGUCAAAACGCGCCCGACACCUCAGCCCGGCCUCGGCAAUGCCAUCGUCCGUGUCCAUGCUGCCGGAGUUCUCUCUUACCACCGUGAAGUCUACAAUGGCGGGCGCGACUACCCUUUUCCUACACCUUUAAUAGGCGGUUGCAGCGCCAUUGGCCGUGUCGCCGCCGUAGGCCCCGACGCAACUGCUCUGAAGCCUGGACAGCUGGUUUGGAUCGACUGCGUCAUCCAUGGACGUGAUGAUCCGGAUGCGCUUUUCCUCACGGCCAUCCAUGAAGGCUACACCGAGGGCAGCAAGAAACUGAUUCGAGAUGUAUGGCGCGACGGAACCUUCGCCGAGUAUGCCAAACUGCCUCUAGAAAACUGCAUCGCACUCGAUGAGGCGCGAUUGUGUGGUAGCCUGGGCUACUCAAUCCAAGAUCUAGCGUAUACUUGCUGUCUGCUUGUCCCGUAUGGUGGGCUGCGGGAUAUCAAUCUUGAGCCGGGUGAAACCAUCGUUGUAUGCCCGGCUACUGGUGGGUUCGGUGGCGCAGGUGUUCUGGUUGCUAUUGCUAUGGGUGCGAGAGUGAUUGCCAUGGGCCGAAACGAAAAGGAGUUGGCAAGAUUGAAGGAGUAUGUGCUGAAGGGGUCACCAAACGCAAGCAUCGAGACGGUGAAGAUGACUGGAGACGAGAUGAAGGACGCGGCUUCCCUGAAAGCUUUCGGUACUAUCGAUGCCGUUUUGGAUUUUACACCACCGCAAGCGUCAAAGUCUGCGCACGUCAGGAGCGCUGUAUGGGCAUUGCGCCGUGGUGGACGCGUCAGUCUCAUGGGCUUCAAUGACAACCCUGUCGCCCCGAUUGUCACAGGCAGGAAUAUCACGCUGAAAGGAAAGUUGAUGUAUGAGCGACCGGACAUGGUACAGUUCGUUAAGAUGCUAGAAAGAGGCCUAUUUCCGCGGGGCAAGGACUUGGUGGAUACCAAGGCCUUCCAAUUGGAAGACUGGAAAGAAUGCCUUGAUGUAGGGGCGGACCAUACUGGCAUUGGCAGGCACGUGGUCUUCACUCCAUGA